UUAUACAUAAGAGGGUAACUGGGUCGGACGGCCAGAAUGGAAGGAGGGCGAAAAAUGCAGAUGUUGUGGCGGGAGAGAAUAAGCGCGCUUUCACUAAAAUUUUAAAUAAUUCCCCGUUUCCCCCCAAAAAUAUAAAACAUUGUGCUGCUAAGAUUUAUUAUUAUUCACAUCUCACUAUUCAGCUUCUCUCACAAGUCACAAAUCACAGUUUUUGUAAACUACGAAGAAAUACAGGAUUUAUUGGGGGAGAAAAUGGCAGAUAUUUCGCAUCUUGAAAGAAUGGGAAGAGAGCUCAAAUGCCCCAUCUGCUUGAGUCUGUUGAAUUCUGCUGUUUCACUUACAUGUAAUCAUGUAUUUUGCAAUUUAUGUAUUCAGACUGGUAUGAAAUCUGGGUCCAAUUGUCCGGUGUGCAAAGUUCCAUUUCAUCGCAGAGAAAUCCGACCUGCUCUCCACAUGGAUAACUUGGUGAGCAUCUAUAAGAACAUGGAAAUCGCUUCAGGAGUCAAUAUGUUUCUCACUCAAUCCAAUCCUUCAUCAAAAUUGCCAGGGGAAGACACUCAAUCUAAUGGCGAAAAAAAUUGUGGAUUCCAAGAGACAUCUAAAACUGUAACAGAAGCUCCAGCGACAGGCAAUCAGAAAAGAAAAAGAGGGAAAGGUUCAAAAAAAUCUUCAGGGUGCAACAAAAAAAUUUCCGGAUCAAAUCUUAUUAGACCUUCUUUUCCGACAAAGAAGAGAGUGCAGGUGCCACAAUAUCCACCUUCAGAGACUCCACCACCUACAAAGUUAGUUGGUGGAAAUGGUAAAUCCAUCACCGAUGAAGUUCAGAAACCAUUGGUAAUUGAGAGAGACAGGUCUAUGCUAUAUGAAAAAGGAGAACCUGUACUAUCUCCAUUCUUCUGGCUGAGAGAAGAGAAUAUAGAAAGAUCAAGUCAGCAAACAGAUGGGGACAUUAUCAUGGAUACACCUCCAGCCGUUCCAUCCUUCAGCGAUAUGAAGGACUUGGAUGAUGAGGUUCACUGCGAAAUGUCUCCAAAAAGUGGACCCUAUGAUGCAGCAAGUGGAGCAGAUCUUUUUAACAGUGAGAUGUUUGACUGGACACAAAGAGCUUGCUCCCCUGAACUUUGUUCUAGCCCCUUUAAGAUGAAGCUUAAGGAUACUAUUGAUUCUGCUGGAGCUCAGGAAAAGACUCAAGCUCGCUCAGUUGAGGAAAGUGGUAUUAAUGCAUCAGCAACUGAAAACAGAACAGCUGUGGAAAAUGAAAAGGGUACUGAUAAAGGACAGCUGAGUUCACCCGCUUUAUUUCCUCCUGAAAAUAAAACCACUAGUAGAAAAGACGUUGUUUGCAAGUCUAGCAGGAGUAAGGCAUUGAGAAUUAGCCAGAAGAAACAAGGAAAAAGCAUAAUUGGAGAAGUAUCAGAAGUUCAUAAUGCUUCACCAAAAGCAGCUGAAAAAACUAUGAAGAACAAUCAGGAUAAUGCCAAUGCAUUUAUCUCGAAUAAGAAGGAUUUGAAAAACAAGAAAAAGGGUAGAUCCUCUAGAAAUGUCACUGGGUCAGUAGUAGAAGACAUUUCCACUUUAUGUGGUGCUAAAAGACUUCGCAAGGGCAAUAACUCGAAGUCCUUCAACUUGUCUACUCUUGUGAAUCAGGAAAAACACAGUGAAGGAAGUGUUGAGACACUUGACUUGAAGACACAUAAUAAACUCCGCAAGGGAUCAUUAAGUGAACAAAAUAAAAACUGUUUUGGACCAAAAGGCGGACAAAAAACUGCUGCAUGUAACAUUCCACAAACUCAAGAUGAAGCUUUGCCUUUCGAAUCAGCAAAUAGAUUGAUUCCCAUGGAUAACAGGAAACCUACUCCUAGUACAAAACUGAAGAAAUGUGAGCUCGGUAGUGGCAACAAGCUUCAUGGGAAGAAAAAAGUGAAGUUUUCUGACAAUGGGCAGCUUGCUGACAAGGAUAAUAUUACGCUUCAAAAGAUUCAGAAGAGAGUGCACAAUUCAUUGGAAACAGAGAAAUCUGUUUUGAACUUGAAUGAUUCAGUUUUGCAGAAGUGUGAGGCAAGCCAAAACCAAAUACAGUGUGCUUUCUGCCGUUCAGCAGAGGAAUCUGAGGUUUCAGGAGUCAUGGUAAGCUACCUUAAUGGAAACCCUGUCAAAGAAGAUGUCAAUGGAGCACCGGGUGUUAUACAUGUUCACAAAUAUUGUGCAGAGUGGGCCCCUAAUGUAUAUUUUGGAGACGAUGAUGUGGUCAACCUUGAAUCUGAACUGAAGAGGAGUCGAAGGAUCACUUGUUUUUUCUGUGGAGUAAAGGGGGCAGCUCUUGGGUGUUAUGAGACGAGUUGUCGCAAAAGCUUUCAUGUUCCUUGUGCCAAAUUGACACCAGAGUGUAGAUGGGAUUCUGACAACUUUGUUAUGUUAUGCCCUUUGCAUGCUAACUCUAAGUUGCCAUGCGAGAUCCCAGGAAAACAGACAAAGAUUGGAGAUAGUAUUAAAAGAAAUUCUCGUAUCCACCAACCCAAAGUCUCAGCAACACCUGAUAAUGCUGCUACUUUGCAGUGGAAGUCUCAGAAGAAGAAUAAGAACUUAGUGCUCUGUUGUUCAGCUCUAACCGCUGAUGAAAAAGAGCUUGUUUCUACAUUAAAGAGGUUGUCUGGAGUGACAGUAGUCAAGAACUGGGACCUAAGUGUCACCCAUGUCAUUGCUUCUACAGAUGAGAAAGGAGCAUGCCGAAGAACUCUCAAAUAUUUGAUGGGUGUCUUGGCUGGGAAAUGGAUAAUGAGCAUCGACUGGAUUAUUGCUAGCUUGGAAGCCACAGAAUUUAUUGAUGAGCAACAAUAUGAGAUUAAAAUAGAUACUCAUGGCAUUGUGGAUGGGCCUAAGCUUGGAAGAUUGAGGAUUUUAAACAAGCAACCAAAGCUUUUCAAUGGAUACAAGUUCUUUUUUAUGGGUGACUUUUUACCUUCAUACAAGAGCUACCUACAUGACCUUGUUAUUGCUGCUGGAGGAAUUGUCCUUAACAGGAAGCCUAUAGCAGUGGAUCAGGAAAUUCUUUCACCCGGAUGCUCUCCACCGUUUGUAAUUUAUAGUCACGAACAACUUGAUCAGUGUGAAGGAAGUGAAAAAAUUUCAAUUAUAGUGCGCAGAAGAUCUGAUGCAGAAGUUUUGGCUAGUUCAACUGGAGCUGUAGCUGCCAGCAACUCAUGGAUUCUAAACUGCAUUGCUGGCUCUAGGUUGUUGGAGCUAGAAUAGUGUAAAAUUUCUACCCAUGCUUCUCACAUCAUGCAACAAGACUUGGUCUUUUUCAUCUGUCAUUAUAUAAAAGUAAGUAUUUCCCAAAUGACUGUUCAUGUCUUUGAUCAUUCAGUUACUUGUACCCCAAAAAUCAUGUUUUUUUUCUUCUGUUGAUGUAUAAGCUAAAAAAAUUAAAUAAAAAUCCAGUCCAGUUUGCGUUUU